AUGGAUACUGUAUUGACUCAACUAUCAACUAUUUUCUUAAACAAGAUUAACGAAUCAUAUUCACUUAAUAUAAGAAAUUCAAAAAUUAAAACAUUUGAUAAUACUGGAAUAUUAAGAGAUCAAUUUGAGUGUAUAGAUUUAAGCGACAACUCCAUUUCUUCUCUUAAUCACAUUUCAAAUUUAAAUAGACUAUCAACUUUUAUUGCAUGCAACAAUGAAAUUGAGUAUAUUGAAUUUGGGUUUACCAAUAGUUUGCCGAAUCUUGAGAGUUUGGUUUUAACUAAUAAUAAACUUAGAAGCAUUGAAUCAAUAUCGGCAAUUUUCCUUCUGAAAAAUCUGAAAAGAUUAUCAUUGGUUAAUAAUCCGGUUACAAAGGUUCCAAAUUACAAAACUAUAUUAAUAGGAAUGCUUCCUAAUUUAAUUUAUCUGGACUUCCAAAAGAUCAGUAAAGUUGAAAGGAGCACAUCAGAGUUAUUCUUUGAGACUAAUAGUAUUGGAAGAGAGUUAUUAGUUCAUUAUUCUUCAGCCGAAAAUUUUGAAAGAAAUUUUAUAAAAAAUAUAAGUAGAUUUUCCCCUUCAAAGAUAAAUGUAAUAUUGGAUUCAUCAGAAAAUAAACCAAACCAUAUUCAACUGAACAAUAUUAAGAUAGCAAUCUCUGUUUGUAAUGACAUCGAAAAAUUAAGAAUCCUUGAAGAAUCACUUAUCAAAAAUAAAAUUUCACCAGAAGCACAAGAAAUUAUUGAUGAUUUUAUUAGCAAAUAA